GAGGAAGAAUCGCGGAAGUGGGGAAAGGUUUCCUGACGGCUCAGCAGGCUAGCCCGCUAACAAAGAUAACUAUCUGUCUAACCAGCGGUUUAACCAGGGUUACAGGUUAGAUAGAUACCCAGACCGAAGCAUCAAGAUGACAGCUGCACCUUACAACUACUCCUACAUCUUCAAAUACAUCAUCAUCGGUGAUAUGGGAGUAGGGAAGUCUUGUCUGCUGCACCAGUUCACAGAGAAAAAAUUCAUGGCGGACUGUCCUCACACUAUCGGGGUGGAGUUUGGGACGAGGAUCAUGGAGGUCCAUGGUCAGAAGGUGAAGCUGCAGAUCUGGGACACGGCCGGUCAGGAGCGGUUCAGGGCCGUCACCAGGUCCUACUACAGAGGGGCCGCCGGGGCCCUCAUGGUCUACGACAUCACCAGGAGAAGUACUUACAACCACUUAAGCAGCUGGUUGACAGAUGCCAGAAACCUGACCAACCCAAACACAGUGAUCAUUCUGAUUGGUAACAAGGCUGACCUGGAGGCUCAGAGAGACGUGACGUAUGAGGAGGCCAAACAGUUUGCUGAGGAGAACGGUUUGCUGUUUCUAGAGGCCAGCGCUAAGACAGGGGAGAAUGUGGAGGAGGCCUUCCUGGAGGCAGCAAAGAGGAUCUAUCAGAACAUCCAAGAUGGCAGUCUGGACCUGAACGCUGCUGAGUCAGGAGUCCAGCACAAACCAUCAGCGCCGCAGGGAGGCCGCCUCAAUGCCGACAGCCAGCCGGCGAAAGAGGGCUGCAGCUGCUAACCACAGACAGAAACUACAGACCCAUCAAACAGACGGACGGACAGAGACAGAUAUGUACACAGAGAUCCCCUCUCCUCCUGGCACUAGUAUCCAUCGUCUAUCCAGAGUGAAUUAAACAGGAUUCAGAUGGAUUACAUUUAACUUACCAGUGGCACAGUCCAACCAUCUGCUGUCAAAUCCGGACUGCAGUUUGGUACCCAAUACAGCCAUUUUCCACACAGUCAAACAUUUACCAGCUUUGAAGUUAAAUCAGGACACUUUCAAUCAAAUCCACAACUAUCCAGAUUUCAGUGUACCACCUCUGAACCAGUCUCCAAUUUGGAUCAGUGCUUGAAAACUCCCAAAUCCAGACCAUCCUGGACUUAAACUGGAACAUUGUUUGCACAAUCCCUCAGCAUAAACCCCAACUGCUCUAGGUCCACACUUGGAUCACGCUGGGUCUCAUUUUGACUUGUUCACUUUGUCACAAUCCACGCUACCUUCAGCCCACAUCCAGACAUGCUUGGGCCUAACCGGACUGUUCUAAGACCAGAAUAAGACAACCACCAUUCCAGCACCAGAAAACCUUUUUUCCAAGAUUAGACCAUUUCCCCCGACACUGUCUCUUCAUGGUUUGGGGUGACAUUGGUCCAACUCAAGCAGUGGUUGUCUAAAUUUGAGACUCCCCUCAUCCAGAAUGUGAAAAACACCCAUGUCUCAAGAGACGAACAAAAAAUACCAACCUAAUACCAAAUUUGGACCAACUUCCAGCCCAAAUCUGCUUGGCCCAAACUUUGGUCAGUCUGGAUUAUUGUAACCCCAAAAUAAGCUGUAAAACAAUGACCAAUAACCAAACAACUGUUUUCCCUAAGACUGGACUUCUCUCCAGACUACAUCUCUUACAAGUCUUAAGCACUGGUGGCUCAACUCAAGUGAGGAUAGUACAAAUUUAGGACUGCCCUGGCCACAAAUAUGAAUCACUGAUAACCCAAGACACAAAGAUACAAGGCUCAGACUUAAACCAACCUACAGCCUAAAACUGGACCAAAGGGGUUGCCUUAGUUUUAAAUCUGGACAUUGCAAUGGAGAGUGCCAGAGCCAAGGCAUAAACUGGAUCACAACUGGUCCAAAUCAAGACUGCCUUUGGCUCACAUGGAGGCACGCUUUACCUACGGGUCAGCCAAGCAGGACCAUUCAGAAUGAGGAAUAGGGCAGGUCUAAGCCCAUCAUCAGAUACCUUUGUUCCAAGAUAAGACUACCCUCCAGACCCAGUCUCUUCCCAAUGUGGACCCCUGUCGACCCAUAUCAGUCAAUGGUAGUCAGGAUUUGGUCUUUCAUCCCUUGAAUUUGGUUCACCCUUGUCCCAGAGACAAAACAGAUACAAAUAAAGGACUCAAAUUCAGACCAACCUACAGCCCAAGUCUGAGCUAUGCUUUCACCAAAAUGCCAGUCACCCUAAUGUGCAAUAGGACAUCACUAUGGAUACAUCUAGAGCCUAGGCUCAAGCUGGACUGCUAGCACCCUGCAUCCAGGUCUACCUUUGGACCAAAGGUGAGGGUAGUCCAUAUUUGGAAUUUCAUUUGUCCCAAAUCUGAAACACCCUUGUCCUGGAGACGAAUAACGAUACAGUGCUUGAUUUGGACAACCCUACAGUCCAAAUCUGGACUGCUUUUCUAAAAUUCAGAUAUUCAGUUCUGAUAUUCACUCUUUGAUCUAAACGUCUGGGUUUUUAUUUGUAUUUGUGUUUUUCACAUGUGAUAUCCCAUCGUUUGUUGUUUAGUUGGAAAAGUCUUUAGAAUUCAUGCUUCAAAAUGAUAAAUUCUAUCACAGAGAGGCCUGGACGUCUGAACUCACCUCUGGGACGACUCCUCCAUAGAAAACAUUUCUUCAUCUACUCGAUUUCAUGCCUUUUCCUCAUCCACAACUUUCCAGACUAAUCUCUUUGAUGAAAUACACUGCAGGCAUUUUAACUGUUAUUGUGGUCAAAUGCGUCUCUGGAGGUGAUCCAGCUGUUGUCCUUGUCUGACUACAGUCCAGUCACCUCGGAUGCAGGUUAAAGGGGGGACUCCACUGAUUUUAUAAGAUGAUUACUUAUCAUGUUAAUACUUAUCUAUAAUGUGGUCCACGUCUAUAUCACUGGAGUACCCCUUUAAUCCCAGCUGGAAGAAGGAGUUUGAGAAAAGAUCAGAAAAAACAGAACAGCUCAGUCUACAUAGUCUCAUAUAUUAUGCACACAGGUGUUUAUAUGAAGCAUUAACUUAGAUUAGAAUUUUAAUUAGACAUCUUCAUGGGUCCAAAAUUUAGACCUGUUCUGCAAUUGACCUGUCAAAACCCUACCUGAGUCCAUCAUGGACAAAAUAUUUUGUUCAAAACUGAGAUGAUUCAAAAAGUAUCUGGGCACAGUAAGACAAUGCCCAUAGAAGUAAGUCUGAAUAUUAACUGGACUCAGGACCUUACCCAGGACCCUAUCCUACCCUAAGUGGACCCUUGAAGACCUCCAGCAAACAUAUAAUCACAGACAGGAAUCCCACCUCCACCCAGUAAACUCACCAUCUCUGCAACUCCACACUUUGCCUUUUUUAAAAAAUCUAAAAUAUUUUAACUAAAUAACUUUGUUUAAAGCAGCUUAGAGUAUUGAUCGCUCUGUAGCAAGAUGCAGCAGCUGAUUGAUGAAGGUGAUGAUGAAGAAACAAAUGGCUUAACCUGAACCAGAAUGUCACUACUGGUCCCUCGGUGGAUCUCAAGUUCAGGAUAGAUUUUUAAAAAUGUUUCUUUUUCCUGUUAUUGUUGUUUUGUUUUUUUUAAUCAAACAUAAAUACAGUAUAUUUGUGAUGUCACAGCUCCCCCUUGUGGCCAUUUUUUCAUCCCUCACAUUAAGUGCAUAUUUAGGGAAGAAAAAUGCCACAAGUGGAAGCAACGCAGAUUCUUUUUAAGUUAUUACUGCCUGUUUUUUUGUUAGUUUAGUUUUGUUUUUAACGUUAGGCCAGGAUUACAAUUUACUUGAAUACAUUGUUCUGGUUUCUUGUUCUUUACAGCUAAAUUGUUAUGUUGCAGUGAAGGCAUCACACAUUUUAAACCUAAACUGAAUAUUGGCUAGCUCUGCAAAAGUUUGGAGACAAAGUAUUUGUGUGUAAGAGUUGUAAAAAUUUAAGGAAUGUGGACAUUUUGCAAAACGUGUGAUCUGGGCCUUGAUAUCCUGAAGUGCUUUAAAUCUCCACUACUGUCACUUAACGUCAGUCACCAACUAAAUAAUCAAUCGGAAAAUUAGUUAAUGGUGUUUAACGUGCAGUCCUGAUUCAGUUCUCUCAGACUAACUGGGUUGGUCAGUAAAUUUUGUUCCUAAAGAAGCAUUCCAGCGCUAACUCGCUAACAGAAACAGACCAGCCCUGCUAGACUUUAUUUAACAACAUUUAUUUUAAAUAUUUCAAAGCUGCAUUAAUUGAUUUUGUUGUCAGGUAUGUAUUGCGAAUAGAAAGCAAGCCGAUUGAUGCGCACAAAGAUUAUACCAAAUAAUGUUUUAGUCAUUUCAUUAAAAAACAUAUCAAUUAAUGCAGCUUUGACCUGAUACGACGCUCGUUCUCUCUGAUGGAUUAAAGUCAGAUUUACACUAAACAAAUCAGCUGUCAGGCAUCCAGUUUAUGUCCAGUGUCUCUCCAGCAGGGAAAACACACGGUAAUGAUAUUCAGUAAUUCUGCUUGAAUAUCAGGAAGGUAUAUGGAAUUUUUUUUUAAAAAGCCUGAGAAACGUUUUCUCUUAUAUGAAAUCUCAGAAGCAACAAACGUCACUGAUGGGUUAUCUAAUGAGUCAAGUAUUAAUUACUACAUAAGUAAUACACUGAGUUAAAGAAUCAAAAAUUAACAAAUAAAAAGAAUACAUUCAAACUCUUCAUACUUAACAUUUUUUCUUUCCCUAAAAAACAAUAAACUGAACCAGUUAAAAGUGUUUUAGCCAGGAAAAGAAGAAAAUUCAUAAAUAUAAAAAUGUUAAGUCACAAUAAUGUAAAAAAUUACUCAGACCUACAAUUAGUAUUUUCAUUUGUAUAAUUUUUCAUCUUGUCUUAGGGGAAAUGCAUUUUUUCUUAAAAUAAAAAAAAACUAACUCUGACUUGCUAUCUUGCAAUUUUGACAUAAAGAGAUUUAACUUUAUAAAUUUGUUAAAAGUAUUUUUUUUUUUUUUUACAAUUAGGAAAACACAGAAAUAAAUUGAAAUUAUUUAACUCUCUCAUGUACAUUUAUGUAUUACUCAACAGUGACAUUUGGUGCCUCCGGGACUCCGUACUGUUUUGCUGGAGUCUUGAAUAAAAUCAGUUCAUUUAAAAUUUUAAAAAUCAGCCGCUGUUGCCUGUGGAAAAAGUCAUUUUCCUGCCCUGUUCGCUUUGAUCUCCCCCAUCCAUCAUAGAAUCAGGUCUGGUGAUUUUGUGUACAUAUCCAGUCAAACUUUUUGAGUUUAGACCAGCGUCACCUGUUGUCAGUGGGUCCUGGACCACUUCAGCAAAGAAUCUGGUUUUAAACUGUGUCUAAAUCUGUCUGAAUGGGGAGAGAUCCAUGUGAUUUUACUCUUCGCUGUCCUCUGAUUGGUGGACAGUUGCCUUCUUUAACUGUGAUGCUUGAUUUACGAACGAAACCCCUCCCUCACUGUAAAAACAAAAAACAACACAUCUGACUUCCAAGUUUUCAAACAUCUUGUUGCUUUUUCAUCACGUAAUAAUCUGCACGCUGCAUUCACUGGGGAUUUUUUUUUAAGGAAAGAAGAAAAUACUUUGUUUCCUUGUUGAUACUUUUUGAAAUGUAAGAUUUUAACAAGUUUCCAGAGACCAAAUGGUCACAAAAAUCAACAAUAAGUCACUGGAUUCAUAAAGAAAAACACAUAGUUUUAUUGUGACUGACGCCUUAAGCUUCCCUCACCAAAGGAAAACAAUCAUUUCAUUAAAAAAAAAUCAGAAAUUGAUUAAAAUGGAACAGGAACUUCUGCGUACUUACAGUGGCGCCAGCAGGUGGCAGUGUUGUCACAUAGCAAUCGCCUUUUUAUCUCAAAAAACGACAUGCAGUUUGUUUAAAGAUGCUUUGUCUGAUUCAGUUACAGCAUCUCCAGAUUCCUAAAUUUAUAUCUGUGUUCUGGGAAUAAAACAAAAAGAGGGAGUUUAUCUUUACAUUAGCUAAAUUUGUUUUAAUUCUGAUAAAUGCUUGUAACAAGAAAACAGUGCUGUACGUCUCUGAGCUGCUGAGUUUUAUGUUUAAAGCAAAAACUGUGUUUUAAAUGAUUACACUGAUCAGUCAGAUGGAGGUGCUGUAAUCAGGCUGAAGGAGCUCUGAUGCUUCAGGUCAGAGUGACGUAAACUUUGCGACAAAUAUCCGAUUUUAUCCCCUGCUCACUGGCUGUAACACAUGCUCUGUACUUUUUAUUCUUUUUAUUUUUGUCCUGUAAUGUCUGUUGAUUUUUUUGUCUGCUAAAAUAACAAACAUGCUUCUUACGAUGAUUCUUUGACUAUUUAUAUUCUUAAUCUGUAAUGAUUUUCUUGAGCUGUACCUUUUCAUUGUACGACCAUGGGGAUUCAGUUAUUUGUAAAUAAAGUAUAUAUACUGUA